GCCCUCCGGCUGCCCCCAUCCCCUUCCUCUGCUGGGUUGGCCUGCCCUCCCUCCCGGGGCCCCGGCCUCGCCCCGCAUGCCCUCGUACGGGGCGCCCCCGAAUCCGCGCGCCGCAGCCUUGCCCGGGCGCGGGUCGCGCCCCCCGCCAUGAACGGGGUCCUGAUCCCUCACACGCCCAUCGCCGUGGACUUCUGGAGCCUGCGCCGCGCCGGCUCCGCGCGGCUCUUCUUCCUGUCCCACCUGCACUCGGACCACACGGCCGGCCUCUCCAGCACCUGGGCCCGGCCACUCUACUGUUCCCCGGUCACCGCUCGCCUUCUGCACCGCCGCCUGCGGGUGUCUAAGCAGUGGAUUCGAGCUUUGGAAGUUGGUGUGCCCCAUGUAUUACCUCUAGAUGACGUUGGAUUAGAGACCAUGACUGUAACUCUUAUGGAUGCCAAUCACUGCCCGGGCUCAGUCAUGUUUCUCUUUGAAGGAUACUUUGGAACCAUUCUCUACACAGGUGAUUUUCGGUAUACACCAUCCAUGUUGAAGGAGCCAGCCCUGGCUUCAGGGAAGCAGAUCCAUACCUUAUACCUAGACAACACCAACUGCAACCCAGCCCUGAUUCUUCCUUCCCGACAAGAAGCUGCACGCCAGAUUAUCCAACUCAUUGAAAAGCACCCACGACAUAACAUAAAGAUUGGUAUGGCAUCACAGCUGCAGGUGUUUUCCCCCCCAUCAGUGUCGUCGAGUGCCUUCUGCAGUGCGAAGAAACUGAAAAUAGAACCCUCUGGUUGGGAUGUCUCAGGACAGAGCAGCAGUGACAAGUAUUACACCCACAGCAAAGCCCUCCCAGCCACCCAAGGGCAAGCUAGCACCUCAAACCAGGUAGCAAAUUUCAGUAUUCCUGCUUAUGACCAGGGUCUCCUCCUCCCAGCACCCACAGUAGAGCACAUUGUGGUGACAGCCGCUGACAGCUCGGGCAGUGCCGCUCCAUCAACCUUCCAAAGCAGCCAGGCCCUAACUCACAGAAGCAACGUUUCUUUGCUUGAGCCAUAUCAAAAAUGUGGAUUGAAAAGAAAAAGUGAGGAAGUUGACAGCAACGGUAGCGUGCAGAUCAUAGAAGAACAUCCCCCUCUCAUGCUGCAAAACAGAACCGUGGUGGGUGCUGCUGCCACUACCACCACUGUGACCACCAAGACUAGCAGUUCCAGUGGAGAAGGGGAUUACCAGCUUGUCCAGCACGAGAUCCUUUGCUCUAUGACCAACAGCUAUGAAGUCUUAGAGUUCCUUGGCCGGGGGACAUUUGGUCAGGUGGCAAAGUGCUGGAAGCGGAGCACCAAGGAAAUUGUGGCUAUUAAAAUCCUGAAGAACCACCCCUCCUAUGCCAGACAAGGACAGAUUGAAGUGAGCAUCCUUUCCCGCCUAAGCAGUGAGAACGCUGAUGAGUAUAAUUUUGUUCGUUCUUACGAGUGCUUUCAGCAUAAGAAUCACACCUGCCUUGUGUUUGAGAUGUUGGAGCAGAACUUGUAUGAUUUUCUCAAGCAGAACAAGUUUAGCCCACUGCCACUCAAGUACAUCAGACCCAUCUUGCAGCAGGUGGCCACGGCCUUGAUGAAACUCAAGAGCCUGGGUCUGAUUCAUGCUGACCUUAAACCUGAAAACAUAAUGCUGGUCGAUCCAGUUCGCCAACCCUACCGAGUGAAGGUCAUUGACUUUGGUUCUGCUAGUCACGUUUCCAAAGCUGUGUGUUCAACUUAUCUUCAGUCGCGCUACUACAGAGCCCCUGAAAUUAUUCUUGGAUUGCCAUUUUGUGAAGCUAUCGAUAUGUGGUCACUGGGCUGUGUAAUAGCUGAGCUGUUUCUGGGAUGGCCUCUUUAUCCUGGUGCUUCAGAAUAUGAUCAGAUUCGUUACAUUUCACAAACACAAGGCCUGCCAGCUGAAUAUCUUCUCAGCGCUGGAACGAAAACAACCAGGUUUUUCAACAGAGAUCCUAAUUUGGGAUACCCACUGUGGAGGCUUAAGACACCUGAAGAACAUGAAUUGGAGACUGGCAUAAAAUCGAAAGAAGCUCGGAAGUACAUUUUUAACUGCCUAGAUGACAUGGCUCAGGUCAAUAUGUCCACAGACUUAGAGGGAACGGACAUGCUGGCAGAGAAAGCUGAUCGGAGAGAAUACAUUGAUCUGUUAAAAAAAAUGCUAACAAUUGAUGCAGAUAAGAGAAUUACUCCUCUGAAAACUCUCAACCAUCAGUUUGUGACAAUGACUCAUCUUCUGGAUUUUCCACAUAGUAAUCAUGUUAAGUCUUGUUUCCAGAACAUGGAGAUCUGCAAGCGGAGGGUUCACAUGUAUGAUACAGUGAGUCAGAUCAAGAGUCCUUUUACUACUCAUGUUGCACCAAAUACAAGCACAAAUCUAACCAUGAGCUUCAGCAACCAGCUUAAUACAGUGCAUAAUCAGGCCACUGUUUUAGCUUCUAGUUCUACUGCAGCAGCUGCUACUCUUUCUCUGGCUAAUUCAGAUGUCUCACUGCUAAACUACCAGUCAGCUUUGUACCCAUCUUCUGCUGCUCCGGUCCCUGGAGUUGCCCAACAGGGUGUAUCCUUACAGCCUGGAACCACUCAAAUUUGCACUCAGACAGAUCCAUUCCAGCAAACCUUUAUAGUAUGUCCACCUGCUUUUCAAACUGGGCUACAAGCAACAACAAAGCAUUCUGGAUUCCCUGUGAGGAUGGAUAAUGCUGUGCCAAUCGUACCCCAGGCGCCGGCCGCUCAACCACUGCAGAUCCAGUCAGGAGUGCUCACCCAGGGAAGCUGUACACCACUAAUGGUAGCAACUCUCCACCCUCAAGUAGCCACCAUCACACCGCAGUAUGCGGUGCCCUUUACUCUGAGCUGCGCAGCCGGCCGGCCGGCGCUGGUUGAACAGACCACUGCUGUACUGCAAGCUUGGCCUGGAGGAACACAACAAAUCCUCCUGCCUUCAACUUGGCAGCAGUUGCCUGGGGUGGCACUACACAACUCUGUCCAGCCCACAGCAGUGAUUCCAGAGGCCAUGGGGAGUGGCCAGCAGCUAGCAGACUGGAGGAAUGCCCACUCGCAUGGCAACCAGUAUAGCACCAUCAUGCAGCAGCCAUCGUUGCUUGCUAACCAUGUAACCCUGGCCACAGCUCAGCCUCUGAAUGUCGGGGUUGCCCAUGUUGUCAGACAACAGUCCAGUUCUCUCCCUUCCAAGAAGAAUAAACAAUCUGCUCCAGUCUCUUCCAAACCCGCUGUGGAUGUUCUGCCUUCCCAAGGCUGUUCCUUGGCUGGGGGCAGUCCUCUCCGCACUACAUCUUACCAUUCCCUCGUCCCUGUCCAAGAUCAGCAUCAGCCAAUAGUCAUUCCAGACACUCCCAGCCCCCCUGUGAGUGUUAUCACCAUCCGCAGUGAUACUGAUGAGGAAGAGGACGGCAAGUACAAGCCCAGUAGCUCUGGCCUGAAGCCGAGGUCUAAUGUCAUCAGUUAUGUUACUGUCAAUGACUCUCCAGACUCUGAUUCAUCUUUGAGCAGCCCAUACUCCACUGAUCCCCUGAGCACUCUCCAGGGCAAUAGUGGACCACUUCUGGAAGGGCCCGGCAGAGUUGUGGCGGAUGGCACUGGUGCCCGUACCAUUAUUGUGCCUCCCCUGAAAACUCAGCCUGGUGACUGCACUGUAGCAACCCAGGCCUCAGGUCUCCUAAGCAGUAAGACCAAGCCAGUGGCCUCCGUGAGCGGGCAGUCAUCUGGAUGCUGUGUCACCCCCACAGGCUACCGGGCUCAACGUGGGGGAACUGGUGCAGCGCAGCCACUCAACCUUAGCCAGAACCAGCAGUCGUCAUCAGCUCCAUCUUCGCAGGAGAGAAGUGGCCACCCCGCUCCCCGCAGGCAGCAGGCAUUUGUGGCCCCACUCUCCCAAGCCCCCUACGCCUUUCAGCAUGGCAGCCCACUGCACUCGACUGGUCACCCACAUCUGGCCCCUGCCCCUGCUCCCCUGCCAAGCCAGCCUCACCUCUACACAUAUGCUGCCCCCACCUCUGCAGCUGCAUUGGGCACCACAGGCUCCAUUGCUCACCUUUUCUCCCCACAGGGCUCCUCAAGGCAUGCUGCGGCCUAUAGCACCCACCCAAGCACCCUGGUGCACCAGGUCCCUGUCAGUGUCGGGCCCAGCCUCCUCACUUCUGCCAGUGUGGCCCCCACUCAGUACCAACAUCAGUUUGCCACCCAGUCCUACAUCGGGUCCUCCCGAGGCUCAACAAUUUUUGCUGGAUACCCGCUGAGCCCUACCAAGAUCAGCCAGUUUUCUUAUUUGUAGUUGGGUGUGCAUGAGGGAGGAGGGCUCACAUCCGCCUGCACCUGGCCCUGAGCUCUGAACAGCUGGCCACGGCCCCUUUCCUUCUCUCGUAGCUCCGCAGCUAGCAGCUCAUUCUGCAGAGCCACGGCACAGAAGGCUUUUCUCUGGGAACCCGUCUUCGUGUUGACUGCGUUGUUGUAGUCUCCCAAAGUCUGCCCUGUUUUUUAAUUCUUUAUUUUUGUGACAGCACUUUUGGUAUUUAGAAGAGCUCAGAAGCCCAUCUUCUGCAGUUACCAAGGAAGAGAGAUAACGCCCAAAUUAUCCUCUGAAAAAUGUUUGCUCUCUUCCACCUGACUUCUGUAAAUGAUUUUAAAAACAAGUGAGGCCUCUCUUAUUUAACUUUGUUUUAUUGUGAUAGCUGGCCAGAAGGAAAACACUGAGCUGGCAUCUGGUGACAAACAAGAAAGGUCAUUACUUCUUGUUUGCUUAUUUUAUUUUAAAAACAGCUCAUGCAAGUGUAUGUUAUAUCAUUGGUCAUUUUUCCUUGAGUGUAAGUUUAUGGAGCUUUUAAACUUAAAACUUUUCAAUUUUGUUUCCAUGUUGCAUUAUGCUUAAUGGACACUUGUUUUUAUGUUUUGCAAAAUUGGUUGAGUAUUGAGAUCGCUCUUGUGUUCAUUACAAAGUGGUGUUGGAAAAGUAGUUCGCCAUUUACUCAUUGUGAGAGAAUCUAUCACCAUGAGGACACCACAUAUUGUCUUUAAAUGAAGCACCAUGAAUUCUUUUUAAGUUUAUUUUUUAAAUUCCUGAUUCAAUUAAAGUUUUAUUACUAACAAAGCCAUUCAGGUGUUUUUUUAGUGUAAGGUAGCAGUUGUUUUACUUCAUGCAAGAUCUAUUUAUUGCAAGACAUGGGCCUUGGUGAGCCUUGUCUUCAGAUGGUUGCCCUCAAUGAGCCUUGCCAAAAGAUAUGAAUUUUCAAUAAUACAUCUCUGCUUUCUUCGUCUCUCUCUUCUCUUUUAUGUGACUUAUUUGGGGGAGAAAGCUAAAGAAUUUGAAAUCAGAUGCAAAUGUCAUGUAUGGCUUUUAUACUUCAAAGUUGCUUCCUUCGUAUGCCAGCAGCAAACUGAAUGCUCUCUUAUUAAGACUUCUAUAAUAAGUGCAUGUAGGAAUUGCAAAAAAAUAUUUUAAAAGUUUAUUACUGGAUUUAAAAAUAUUUUAGAAGUUUUGUAAUGGUGGUGUUUUAAUAUUUUGCAUAAUUAAAUGUGUACAUAAUUGAUUAGAAAAAUAUAACAAUUUUUCCUGCUAACCCCAAAUGUUAUUUGUAAUCAAAUGUGUAGUGAUUACACUUGAAUUGUGUACUUAGUAUGUAUCUGAUCCUCCAGUGUUACCCUAAAGGUGGAAUUAAUGUCUCCAUUGUAUUUAAACCAAAAUGAACUGAUAUUUGUUGGAAUGUAUGUGAACUAAUUGCAAUUAUAUAGAGCAUAUUACUGUAGUGCUGGAUGAGCAGGGGCAUUGCCUGCAAGGAGAGGAGACCUUUGGAGUUGUUUUGCACAGGUGUGUCUGGUGAGGGGUUGUUCAGUAUGCGUCUCUCCCUUCCCUUUCUCCUCCCCAUAUUGUAGUGCCUUAUAUGAUAAUGUAGUGGUUAAUAGCGUUUACAGUGAGCUUGCCUUAGGAUGGACCAGCAAGCCCCCGUGGACCCUAAGCUGUUGAGCUGUUCCCUGGGAUUUAUCAGAAAGAACAGAACUGUUGUAUAAAAGUAUUGUUCUUUGGUUUCCUCCUGAUAUAGCAGAAUAAAAACAGCUUUUCUUGUGUACUGCCACUUCUGCCCCUUCUAUCUUGGACUCUCAGCUGUGUUCUCACAGAAGCAUUUUCCCAGGUGGCUCUCACUGCAUUGCUACUUUGCUUCUGUGAGAAUUCAGGAAGCAGAUGAGAGAAGUCAAGCCAAUAUUGAAUAUGCAUCUUUUAAAGUAUGUGCAAUCACUUGGAAUGAGAUCCUCUUUUCCUUUUCCUGUGUGGUAGUUCUUUCUGCAAGUAGUUCACAUUGCUAGUCAAAUAUUUGCUUGUUGAGAAAAAAACAUGUAACAGAUGUGUUUAUACCAAAGAGCCUAUUGUAUUGCUUACUGUGUCCCAUACUGUGAGGAGGAGUUUUGUGGUGCUUCUGGUGGCAAGAGACUCACGGGUGUUUCUUCAUCAGUGAAGAAUAUUAAGAAGGACCCAAAGCCUGUUGAGUCAUUAAGGCUUUUGAGGUUUCUUUGUGACAACUUGUAUAUUCGUGGGGCCCUUCCAGCUGUGAGUUAUUGUUCUAGUUAGCUCACCAUUGAUCUGGGUGAAGCAGAAGGGGUGGGGGGGUGGAAUUUGGGGGAGGAAGAUGAGCCCUGAGACACAGGUGUGUUCCAUCUGAGCUGAAGAUGAGACCUGAGGGGUAAGUCCAGGACUGGCUCUGUGCUGAGAUGGUGAUAGAAGGUGCAGGAUGGAGACAGGAGAUUUCUUGGAGCCUGGUUGGCAUGCUCUGUACCAGGCUGAACACUGAGGAGUGGUAGGUGUAUUCAGAGUUUCUUCACUGUGGGGAGCAAGGGCUUCCUGAUGGGACAGGUAGUCUGUAUUGCCUACCAGAAAUAUGUUGCAUUUUCUGUUAAUUUUUAGAAAGUAUGUGUUCAGCACUCUAUUUGGUCAGGUUAGCCAAGCAGUUUGUGUAGUUUGACACUGGUAUUAUUCAGUUUUCCAGGCAGCAUCUUCAUGUUAUCUCUUGCCCCUCCCACCCCCUUUUUCCGAAGCACAUUCUAAUUGUCUUGUUUAAAUGCAGGUCUAGUUUCCACCAUUUUUUUGUUGUUUUGUACCUUUCCUCAUCAAAGGACAGGAUUUGUUGUUUUUGUAAGAAGUGAGAUGCAGGGAACAAACAAAUCUUCACCUCUGACCCUGAUCCAAUAGGCAGACAUCAUUUAAGAUAGGGCAAAAUGAAGAUGAUGCCCCCAGAGCUUGGAUCACUACGGUGGUCAUCUGACUAGCAGUGCAAGAGCUUCUAAUUCUCUGCUUAUUGACAUCUCAGGUGUCUGCUGUAUGUUUGUGUGUUCCGUACAGCUUUGGAUUCUAUGCCUGGAGCUUAUAUGAACAUCACUCACCCUUUUGGGCCUGUGAAUGUAGUGAGCAGCUAGCCUGGGUCAGCAUGGCUGAUCUCAAAGCAGAUUAAGGUGUUGAGACCUCUCUGAACUUGUAUUUCCAGUGAGGGGACAUGUGGAAGGGUUUAGUAGAGCCAUCCAGGCCCUCUGGGACAUUUAAUCACUCCAGUGUUUUUAAUAACUCCCAAGGAGGUCUUGCUGUUGAGUUGAGCUGAAAUGGCAGCCCAGGAAUAAGAACCCCAUUUAAUCAAUUCUGGCCAUCCUGAGCCUGCUUCUGUGAUUGCUUGCUUGCCCAUCAUUGUCCAUCAGAGGGGCCACGCUUGGCUGUCCUGAGCCAAGCAAGCAGCACAGCAGCAGGUUUUACUUCGCAUUAUUAGGCAGAAACCCACUGUAGAGAUGGUUUGUUUUAUGAUAGGAAAUGAGUUUGCCUCCCAGUGAUAGAAGUGGCCCAAGCCUGCUUCCUAUUUUGAUUUUUUUUUAACUGAUGGAUGGUGCCGCAUGUGUACAUGGUUGUUUGUUGCUAAACUUUAUAUAAUGUGUGGUUUCAAUUCAGCUUGAAAAAUCUCACUCCAUGUAGCAGUACAUUAUAUGUACAUUAUAUGUAACGUUAGUAUUACUGCUUUGAAUCCUUGGUAUUGCAAUGGAAUUCCUACUUUAUUAUAUGUAUUUGAUAUGCUAGUUAUUGUGUGUGAUUUAAAGUUCUUUUGCUUUCUCUCUUUUCUGGUGUGAGCUUCCUUUUACAACAAGCCUCUAGAAACAGAGUUUCUGAGAAUGACUGAGCUGUGUUUGUAAUGCAGAUGUACUUAGGGAGUAUGUAAAAUAAUCAUUUUAACAAAAGAAAUAGAUAUUUAAAAUUUAAUACUAACUACGGGGGAAAGGGUCCAUUGUGUAAAACAUAGUUUAUCUUUGGAUUCAAUGUUUGUCUUUGGUUUUACAAAGUAGCUUGUAUUUUCAGUAUUUUCUACAUAAUAUGGUAAAAUGUAGAGCAAUUGCAAUGCAUCAAUAAAAUGGGUAAAUUUUCUGAUUCA